GUGGAAAAUCGUCACGGUGAGCGCAUCAAACGCGGAAAUCGAACGCGGACGAACGGCGAGAAAAGCGAGGAAAAACGGGUGCAGAGACAGAGACUGAUUGGGAAAUAUGUGCGCCUGAGUUUUCCCGGCCAGAAGGCAAAGUGCCAAUUGCUCUGACAAAUAAUUCCUGUAAUAAUCAGCGCGAUUGAAAUCAACGCGACGCUCGUAAAAUUGCAAAUGCAGCGCAAAAAGUGAACAGCAGUGCAGCGGAAAUUAAAUCGUUUUAGCGAGUGCCAAACGGGAAAUAGAAAAUCGGCAGAGUAGCCGAACUGCAGUUUAAACUAUCUCUUCCUCUUGUUGCGACUAAACAACCGGCGGAUUAAUCGAAUCCGAAAGAUGGCCCCCAACUUGCUCACAAUCGGAUUACUUUUGACCCUGAUCGCCAGCGGUCAGGCCCAUCUCAAUAUUUUCCUCAACUUGCAAGAGGUGCUGCGCCUAAUCGGAGUCUCCGCGGAGCUUUACUACGUGCGGGAGGGCGCCAUUAACGACUACGCCUUGAACUUCGCCGUGCCCGUGCCGGCGAACAUCAGUGACGUGACCUUCACGUGGCAGUCCCUGGUGGACCAUCCGCUGCCGUACAGCAUCAACAUCGCCACAUCGGACACGGAGGUGUUGCCGCGUCCCAUUCUGAACAUAUCCCGGAUCGGGGAUGUGCCCAUGGAGCCGCAGACAUGGGGCAUUGCCCUCAAGUGCUCGGGCACCAGGAAUGCCGAGGUUACGGUCACCAUAAAUGUGGAGGUGAUCCUGGAUCGGGCGACCAACAACAACACGAAUCUGAUCUUCAAGAGGAAGAAGAUCUGCUUGAGGGAGGAACAGGACAGUGCGCACGAGGAGUACGACGACGACGACUUGGACUUGCUGCAAACGGCGCGCAAGGGACAUGGCGGAGAUAUUCACUAUGUGGAUCGCAACGAUGAGCAUGUGGUCGCCAAUGGACACCAGGCGCCGGAGAAGCAACGUCCGGUGGUCACAGAGUCGCCAGUGGGCCGCGGAAACUCGGGUGGAUCGAAGCGCGACUUUGACCCGAUGCUGAGGGAGAACCUGGUGCCACCGGCCAGUGGCCUGGUCACCCUAAUUGUGGGUGGCAUUCUGGCCCUGGUGCUCGUUUCCACCCUCAUCCUGAUAGCCUACUGUGCCAAAGGCCCCUCCAAGCGACAUCCCUCGAACGGAGUGCAUCUCAUCAAGACCUCCAGCUUCCAGAGGCUGCCCACCAUAUCGUCGACGGCCCACAACUCGAUCUACGUCUGCCCAUCGACCAUCACUCCCACAUAUGCCACGCUGACGCGGCCCUUUCGCGAAUAUGAGCAUGAGCCUGAGGAGUUCAACCGCCGUCUCCAAGAGCUGACAGUCCAGAAGUGCCGCGUCCGGCUCUCCUGCCUCGUCCAGGAGGGAAACUUUGGGCGAAUCUAUCGCGGCACUUAUAACGACUGCCAGGAGGUAUUGGUCAAGACUGUGGCUCAGCACGCCAGCCAGCUGCAAGUGAAUCUGCUGCUCCAGGAGUCCAUGAUGCUGUACGAGGCCUCGCAUCCGAAUGUCCUCUCCGUUCUGGGCAUCUCCAUCGAGGACUAUGCCACGCCCUUUGUGCUCUAUGCCGCCACCGGAAGUGUGAGGAAUCUGAAGAGCUUCCUGCAGGAUCCGUCGUACGCCAGGAGCGUCACCACCAUCCAGACGGUGCUCAUGGGCUCACAACUGGCCAUGGCCAUGGAGCAUCUGCACAACCACGGCGUCAUCCACAAGGACAUAGCGGCCAGAAACUGUGUUAUUGAUGAUCAACUUCGAGUUAAGCUCACUGACAGUGCUUUGAGUCGCGAUCUCUUCCCGGGUGACUACAAUUCUCUGGGCGAUGGCGAGUACCGACCCAUCAAGUGGCUGUCCUUGGAGGCUCUGCAGAAGUCCCAUUACAACGAGGGCAGUGAUGUUUGGUCCUUCGGCGUUCUCAUGUGGGAAAUGUGCACUCUGGGUAAACUGCCCUACGCUGAAAUCGAUCCCUAUGAGAUGGAGCACUAUCUCAAGGAUGGAUACAGACUGGCCCAGCCAUUCAACUGCCCCGAUGAGCUCUUCACCAUUAUGGCCUAUUGUUGGGCCUCCAUGCCAGCUGAGCGACCCUCGUUCAGCCAGCUGCAGAUCUGCCUAUCGGAGUUCCAUACCCAGAUUACCAGAUAUGUUUAACCAGCGGUGCUGAAGCAUGCCAAGACCUGUAAAUAUAACAAGAGGCGACGUCGCAAGAUUUUCCAGCAGACCACGUCGUCCACUCUGUUCCCAAAGACAUAUUAAAUGGUAGCGCCUAAAAACUGGGGUUCGUAGCAGCUCCCCAGGCAUAAAUGUACGAACGACUUAUGAGAAGAUGUGGAGGGUGAAACGGCCGGAAAACUUCUAUCCACAUAACUCCUAGUUAUAUAUUUAGGGUGUAAGGACAUGUGACAUUUCAAUGCAAGAAUUAGGAUUAUCUGAAAAACAUAAACACCCCAUGAACUCCCCUGUUAAGAAAAACACAAACGUUCUCUCAAAAAAAAGGAGGGCCAAAGCCCAGUAAAAUUGAUCCUAAGAGAAUCCUUGAAAAGAUCCACAAUGAAUUAAAAUAAAUAGCAAAUAUUGAUAUACAAAUCGUAGCUAAAACAGAUCCAUAAAAUCAGAAGCCCACGAAAAACCAGUGCUAGGAUAGAACCCCAAAAAAUAUGUCGUAGUUCAACAGAGAGCGUUGCAAGUUUGCCAUUAUAAUGGGAUACCAAUACGAUACCGAUACAUAUAUCUAUGUGUAUUGUAUUCAAGUGUGUGUUUAUGUCUAAGAACCGUAGUGCUAGUAAGACUCGAAAUAUUUAUCUAAUGUUAGUGCACAACCGACCCCGAAUCCUUAACCCUAAGUUACCGGCCCUUGUACGCGUAGUGCAGUCUCGAGUUGUAAGUUUUUGUGUAAUAUACUUAAGCAGUUUGCAUUAGUUCUUAAGUUACUCUUAUGGUUUUCUAUGGCAGAGACACAAAAGAAAACGAUUUCAAUAAACGUCCGUGCAUAAUAUUUAAAAACAAAA